GCCCCCGUCCCCCGCCGCCACACAGGAGGCGCCUUAUAACUUAAGUAGGCGCAAUCCUAGCCAAGAUCGCGGCGGCGGCGGUGAAGCGGAAAGCGCCUCCUGGGCAUACACGUUAUUCGUCGAAGCCCUGUGCAACGCGGGUGCAUUGAAGCGAGCAAUUGACGAGGCAGCACUAGGCGACUACAACAGCGGAUGCCGCUGGCGAAAGGUGGAGCGGAUACAGCGGAUUAAGGCGGCGCGUCGCUUGGCUUACACGGGCUACGACCCCGAGCAUGAAAUAGUGUGGAAGAGGCGUGCUGCUAUGGUCUCUGAUUACCGCAAGGCCGUCAACGCUGAGAUACGCAAGUAUGAGAAAAUGAUCAAACUGCUAUACUCUGCUACUGAAUAA